CUCAGUAUGCUCUCUGUGGUAAAACAGGGAAUGUGUGUAGCUGGCCUGAGGAGUUACCAGCUUUAAAAACCGCGACCUUCGGGUGCUUGGUGUGGGCAAGGAGCCUUUUUCCUCCCAAUAUUCAUUUAAAACUGAAAAUGUCCGUGUUCUCGGACUCUGCUUUGGAGAAGAAAUUAUCCGAGCUGAGUAACUCCCAGCAAAGCGUUCAGACUCUUUCACUGUGGCUCAUCCACCACAGAAAACACUCAAAAACCAUCGUCAAAGUCUGGUAUAACGAGCUGAAAAAAGCCCAGGUCUCUCGCAAGCUGACUUUUCUGUAUCUUGCGAAUGAUGUCAUACAGAACAGCAAGAGGAAAGGACCAGAGUUCACACAAGACUUUGCCCCAUUCAUUGUUGAUGCUUUCAAGCACGUCUCCAGUGAAGGAGAGGAAAGCUGUAAGAAACAUUUAAGUAGAGUUCUGUCCAUCUGGAAGGAAAGAGCUGUGUAUGAGAAUGACGUGCUGAACAAACUCUCUGAGGUUCUGCAGGUAGAAAAUAAGGCCAAGAAAAGACCUUAUGAAGAAAUUAAGGUCAACGAUGAUGACUUUGCCUCCCAAAGCUCCCCUGGAGAGCCUCCACAGACUUCAGAACUGAUCAGGGCUCUACAGGAGCUUGAGAAUGCUGCCUCGAGUGAUGCUGUUCUUCGUCAGCGGAUCUCUGCUUUACCCCCAGAAGCGCAGGACACUUCUCUACUACAUAAAGUUACAGAUAAAGAGUCGGGGGAGCGUCUCUCUCGGCUGGUGGAAGAGGCAUGCAUGCUUCUGGCUGACUACAGCGGACGGCUGGCGGCAGAGAUCGACGACCGACGGCAGCUUACGCGCACGCUUGCUUCCUUUUUGCAAAGCCAGAAAGAUGGUCUGGCCCAGAACGAACAGAAACUAGAAGAAUACAAGCGUAAACUGGCACGGGUGUCUCUGGUACGGAAAGAGCUGCGGUCUCGUCUCAGCAACCUCCCGGACCUCUCCCGGCUUCCAAAUGUCACUGGUGGCCACGUCCGCCUGCCUUCUUCUGGCGAACUUUACAGCCCCUCCGAUUGUUUGUCCUCAGGUGAUGGUAAACAUUGCCAUGACAAUUGCCAUAUAAAGGAGGACAGACAGCACGAGAAAAAAAUAGCCAAGAAAUGCCUCUACAUAGUUUCAGCAGUCUGUCUGGUCUUUAUGGUGGGCGAGAUCCUAGGUGGGUAUUUUGCUGGGAGUUUGGCAGUGAUGACAGAUGCCGCCCACCUGCUCGUAGACCUCACCAGCUUCAUCAUCAGUUUGUGCUCACUGUGGCUGUCAUCCAGACCAGCCACACACACUCUCAGUUAUGGCUGGCAUCGAACAGAAAUCCUGGGUGCUCUGCUGUCUGUUUUCACCAUUUGGCUUGUGACUGGUGUGCUUGUGUACCUGGCAGUAGAUAAGCUCAUUCAUAAUGACUUCACUGUUGAGGGCACUAUCAUGCUUAUCACCUCUGGCUGUGCUGUACUGGCCAAAAUUAUAAUGGCCCUCACUCUGCAUCAGUCAGGCCAUGGCCAUAGUCAUGGUGGUCUGAGCUCCCAUGGUCACAGUCACAACCAUGGGAAAGAAACAGGCCACAGCCAUGCGCACGCUAACCAUUAUGAUGUAGAGAAGCAAGCUAAACAAGCUAAUGCUAGCGUACGUGCAGCAUUUGUCCAUGUGAUUGGAGACCUUCUUCAGAGUGUUAGUGUGCUUGUCAGUGCCCUCAUCAUCUUUUUUAAGCCAGAAUAUAAAAUUGCAGAUCCCAUCUGCACCUUCCUUUUUUCUCUGUUUGUCCUGGGCACCACGUUCACGAUCAUGAGGGACAUUGUUAUCGUCUUGAUGGAAGGCACACCAGCUGGUGUGAACUAUAAUGAGGUGAGGGAGAAGCUGCUCAAAGUAAAGGGAGUUAAAGCGCUACACAAUCUACACAUCUGGGCCCUGACCAUGAACCAUGCUGUGCUCUCUGCUCAUGUGGCUAUAGAUGACACUGUAGAGCCACAGGUGGUGUUGAGAGAGAUCACCCAGGCCUGUUUCAUUACCUACAGUUUCCAUUCGGUAACAAUUCAACUGGAGCAACAAGCAGACCAGAGACCUGACUGUAGCCUUUGUCAAGACCCUUCAAAGUGAAACACCCAGAUAUUU